AUGUAUGACCUUCACGCCCAACACACCCGCAUUCAACAAGCAGAUGAACUACGCGCCGCGCGAGACCACCGCACCAACGCCACAAAAAGCUCCGCGCCCGCACAAUUCCCUCUGCGAUCCGCCGAGACAGCGCUUGGACACCGCAAACCGACCCAAGAACCACAACUAGCAGCAUCACUAGCUGCUGGACUGCCCGUGACAUUACUAUUUCAGCCUUCCAUCCCUGACUGUAGAGCGACAACGCGCUCGUGCUUGCCUCUGAAGGCCAGUGAAACGCUUGCCUCUGAGGAGGGGCGUAAAUUCGGCCGUAUUCGGACUAGUGUGGGACACAGUCAAUGGGGAGAGGUCGCAAGCAUUACGAAAUUAUUUAGGAGGGGUUCAAGAGCGCGCUACAGAAGUGCUGCUGCCGGCCGGAAGAUGGCGGCGGGCGACGGCGGUGACGGUGACGGCGUCGACAAGGUGGAGGCCCAGAGGCGCGCCGCCCUGGCCGGUGAGUCGAAAAAAAAUCGAUGGUACCCAAGGAGCCUGUAAGAUGUAAGUUGGAAAUAGA